AUGGAUUAUGAGCAUCCCGUCCAUGAAAGGAAAAGCGUAUACCGCACUCGCGUGGACGUUGCAAGUGUUGUCUUGAUUGCAGACGCGUUUUCUAACAGGGUGGGCCCGGUACAACACACACUAGAAGAAACGGGAAGCGCAGUCCUACUGCCACAGCUGAAGACUGACGAGGAUUAUCCAUACGACGAGCGCUACAUGUCGUUGAUCGCUGCCAUGACACCGCUGUCGAUGGUCUUCGGAAGUAUGUUCGCCGGCCAUCAUCGACGCGCUGGGACGAAAGAC